CACCUCCCUCCUCUCCACCGCACCAUCCCAGCCGGAGACACAACUUUCGCAUGAAGCUGUGUCAAAGUCGUGAUUUAUCACCUCCCCGAGCCCACAACGAAACCGCCCAACUCUUCCUCGCCCCGACCUUGAACUUCCGCAUCUCAACCGAAUAGAUCUCAGCAGCCAUGGAUCAAGCAAAGCUUGCACGAAUGCAAGCGUCGGUGCGCAUUGGUGACAAUGGCACACCGCGCCGCAAGGUCAAGAAGGUCCACAAGUCAUCAGGCACCGAUGACAAGAAGCUUCAAGCGGCGUUGAAGAAGCUCAAUGUGCAGCCGAUCCAGGCCAUCGAGGAGGUCAACAUGUUCAAGGCGGACGGCAAUGUCAUUCAUUUCUCGGCACCUAAAGUUCACGCUGCGGUUCCCGCCAACACCUUCGCCAUCUACGGCAACGGCGAAGAGAAAGAGCUCACCGAACUUGUCCCCGGUAUCCUGAACCAGCUGGGCCCCGACAGCCUCGCGUCGCUACGAAAGUUAGCCGAGAGCUAUCAGCAGAUGCAAGGCGCCGGUGGCAAGGGUAAGGAGGGCGAGGGCGAGGCGGACGACGAUGACAUCCCGGACCUGGUGGCCGGCGAGACCUUCGACAAAGAUGAAGGCGUCGAGUAAAGUCGCCUGGGGAGCCAGGUUCCCGAACGAGGCCGGACAGCAGGACGAUCGCGCGAGGACGCCGUACGGUGAUAAGGGACGCGCUCCUUCCACGGGGGCUGGGAUUCUACUAGGGAGUUUUAAGAGUACGCAUUUCUCUAUCCAGGUGGACCGUUCUGGAAAGGAACCGGAAGAAAGGAUUCAGGCACGCAUGCAUUUUCCAGCGAUCAAAGCAAACGAGUCAAAAGUGCCUUUUCCAUCCUCAACCGGUUUGGUGCUGUGUGUUGCGUGAUCGUCAAUCCAUUGAGUCGGCC